AUGUAUCUUCCACGCUCCUUGAUAGGACAUUUAUACCUCCAACUCCUGCGAUCACACCACCCUCUCUCGCCGCCUGUCCUGAUACUCGUUGCGCUCGAACCCGAUGCCCUCUGCGCGUGCCGCAUCCUUACAACGUUGCUGAAACGCGAUUAUAUAGCCCAUAAGAUCCAACCCAUUGCCGGAUAUGGUGACCUCGCGCGCGCCGGAGAGGAGCUCGUGCGGCCCAUGCGGACAACUGAUGGAGGUAGCGGCGGAGUAGUGGUUUGUCUUGGUGUCGGUGGACUUGUCGAUAUGAGCGAGAUACUACGAUUGACGAGCGAGGAAGACGAAUCCGAGGAGUUGGGAGGGGUAGAAGUGUGGGUUAUUGACGCGCGACGACCGUGGAAUUUGGUCAAUGUCUUUGGAGGACAUCCAGAUCAAUUCCGUGAACGAGAAGCUCUCGCGGAGAUGAACCUGAGUGCUUUGCGGAAAGGUCGCGGUGUUGACAAAGGCUGUCUGAAUCGAAGUUAUAAAAGCGGCAGCGGAGGUAUCAUUGUCUUCGAUGAUGGUGACAUUGAGGAGGAAUUGACCAACGAACGCGACGCCUACUAUGCCCUUGAAGAAAUGCCAGAGGUCGAUGAUGACGGCGACAAUCUAGACGACUCGGAAAGUGAAAACGAUGACAAUGGUCUUGAAGGAGGCUCUAAGAAAAGGAAAUCCUGGUCGGGACGCGAACUAGAAGACAGCGACGAGGAGGAGGACGAACGUCCACGACAACGUAGGAGGAGCAAUUCAAGCUCGCCCAUUACCUCGUCCCCCAGUAAUCGCCGCCGUGCAAUUGGACACGAUUCUUCAAACUCGUCGCGCACACCCACCCCCGAACCAGACUUCGUAUCACCGGUUUCACGCCAGCCAUCAGCGCGGAGCCUAAGACGACGAUUACUACGAAUGAAACGAAAGCACGAGAGUAUACUACAGACAUAUUACAACUCAGGCACGGCCUAUUCAGAGCCGAUAUCGUCAAUGAUGUAUUCCUUAGCUUCCGAGCUAGGUCGUGAAGAUAACGACCUUCUGUGGCUGGCAAUUGUGGGAACAUCUAGUAUGGAGCUUUCUGGACGAACGAUGGCUGGUGUCGGUAUCUCGAGCUCGUCUGAGUAUGGAGGUUCAGCUGGAUGGGGUGGAUCACGAGGUGAACAAAUUCGACAGAUCAUGCGAGACGAAGUACAUCGACUCAACCCCCCUGAAGGCAUGGACAAUUUUCGGGAUAUCCCUGGCUCUAACACGGACGUCAUUCCUACUACAGGAAGAUCUCCAACAGAUACGUCGAUACGCUUGUCACCCGAACCUCGUUUCUUACUUGUACGGCAUUGGUCGCUGUAUGAAAGCAUGCUACAUAGCCCAUAUCUCGCGUCAAGACUACACGUAUGGACGGAGAAUGGCCGUAAAAGGCUACAUAAGCUGUUGGCUAAAAUGGGCAUUAGCUUGACACAAUGUCACCAGAAUUAUAAUCACAUGGACAUGGAGCUGAAGCGCGUACUACGGUCACGACUGCUGAAAUAUGCCCCAAUGUACGGCUUGGACGGACUGGUUCCUCCUGUCGCGUCCGGGCACAGCAGCAACCGAGAAGGUUGGGGCUUUGUGCGAAGUUGGGGCUGGAAAGCGUGCUUGUCGGCAACAGAUGUCGCCGUUAUUCUGGGGUCGAUUCUAGAAGUUGGACCGAGCGCAGCAACAGCUUGGGAAUCUGGAUCCUACACAACCAGACAAUUAGCUAGGGACAAGUCCGGCCCAUCAGAUACCGACCCGGCGAAUAUUCACCCUCGAUUUUGGAGCGCCUACGAUGCACUCUCUCCGACCGGAUCUGAUUCACCCACGCUACUCGUUGAGUCUUUGCCUUUAGCACAACAUCUUCAUCGCUCGAUACUUCGUACUGGAACGUCGCUGAUGUCGAAGAAUCAGAUUCGCCAUCUACGAGCUUUCCGUAUUGGCGUUGUCAAGGACGGACCAGACGUUAGACUCUUCACUAACCCAGGAGCCUUGACAAAACUGGCACUCUGGGUCGCCGAAGCAAUUCAAGUGCAAGAACGGGAUAAGAGCGAAACUAAGAUGGGUAAGAAGAAGAUUCUGGGUACGCCUCUUGUUCUAGCUGGUCUAGACGAAGACCGCGGCGUCUAUGUGGUAGUCGGCACUGGUGGUGGCGGUGGUGUCAUUGACUUUGCGGCUCUCGCAAAGAAGAAUGAAGCACGAAAGGCAAAGAAAGAAGCUGCAGAUAAGAAAAAGAAAGAGCGUGAGGAACGACGAAAAAAGCGUGCGGCCGAGCGGGCCCGUCGUGGCGAAGACGAUGAUGAUGCAUCGGAUGAGGAGACAGAGGAAGAUGAGUCUUCGGAUUCUUCUGACGAUGAAUUAGAAGACGAGAAGAGCCGCUACGGAAACAAACGGCUUGUCCGUAACCGAUUUGGUAUUGCCUUUCAAGAAGUGGUACAAGAGACUAGUGCCCGAAUCCGAAUCGAUAGCUUUGAACAUUGCGUGGUAGAAGUUCAAAAGGAAGACUUGAGCGGGUUUCUUGAAGCCUUGAGCUUUAGAAGUGUUGUCGGGUAG